CUUAAACUAGUUUGACAACACGUGGCAAGUUGAGAGAGCUUAUUGGUGUUAACUGUUUAGGUUCUUUUUGUUUAGAUAAUAUUCAGCCGGAGAGUUCCCCGCGAAUUGCAUUGCAUUGCAUCGCAGCAGUCCGAGGAAAAAGCAAGAAAUGAGCAGCUGGGCGCCUCAUCUGCCGUCGUCUCUGCAACCAAUUCUUCAACCUUUUCUGCCGGAGCUCCGGCGUAGAGUCCCGCGGCCGAGGCCCUGGCUAUCUCCGCACGAUAAUGGCACCGACAGCGUGGGGAGCAAGAGGGCAAACGUGAAAUGCGCUCGCGCUUCACAAAAGAGCCCGGAUGAUUAUCACGCCACUCUUAGAGCUCUAAAUUCCAGAGGCCGCAAACCAAGGAAGUCACUUGGCCAGCAUUACAUGUUGAACUCUGAAAUUAACGACCAACUAGCUGGUGCGGCUAAUGUGGGGGAAGGGGAUGUGGUUCUGGAAAUUGGACCUGGGACUGGUUCUUUGACUAACGUUCUCAUUUCCUCCGGCGCCACCGUCCUGGCCGUUGAGAAAGAUCCUUACAUGGCUGCUCUGGUUGAAGAAAGAUUUGCUGAUACUGGACGCUUAAAGGUUGUGGAAGAGGAUUUCGUCAAGUGUCACAUUGGUUCCCACAUUUCCCUGCUCCUAGAAAGUUUAAGGGAUUCAGGUGCCAAGCCCAGAUUUGCAAAAGUGGUUUCUAACAUACCGUUCAACAUAAGCAAGGAUGUAGUAAAGCAGCUGCUUCCCAUGGGCGACAUCUUCUCGGAAGUUGUUCUUUUGCUGCAGGAAGAAACAGCAGUGCGGCUGGUUGGCUCAUCAGCACGAACAUCUGAAUAUCGACCCAUCAAUCUCUUCGUCAACUUCUACUCAGAUCCUGAGUACAAAUUUGAUGUCCCAAGGUCCAGUUUCUUCCCUCAGCCGAAUGUUGAUGCAGCAGUGGUCACCUUUAAGCUGAAAAAAAGUGCAGAUUAUCCAGCAGUUUGUUCCACCAAAAGUUUCUUCUCAUUGGUAGUGAAUUCUGCGUUCAAUGGGAAAAGGAAGAUGUUAAGGAAUACACUUCAGCACAUAUGCACCCCCCUGGAGAUCGAAACGGCUCUUCAGCAUACUGGUCUACCAGCUACUUCAAGACCAGAGGAACUAACGUUGGAUGAUUUUGUGAAGCUGCAUAACUUGCUAGUGAGGCCAUAGAGGCUAGAGCUGCAAUAAACUGAAAACACUCGCGACCGACACUGCAGGAUGUCUAACGUAUAAUAACACUGGGCAAGAACGGUGGCAGAUUCCAAAUGUUGAAUGCAUCUAUCUCACUCAUGUCAUUACAGCAUUACAAAGAAGAAAGCAACGACAGACAUGGGAUUUGAGAAGCAAGCAGUUAACUUACUUAGAGCGGGCAGGGAUCAUUGAACUUCGAAUUUUAUAGUGUAUACAGCAAAUUCAGAGAGAGCAUGUUCAUUGAAAUCUCUUUCAGAAUGAAGAACAGUCUGUCUGUAUUUCUGGUCUUUUCAGGCGUGGAACUGAUCGAUGAGGUCCAAAGCUCUCAAUCGGGUCCCUAGAGGGUCAUAACCCUUGAUUCUUCCGGCAGCAUACCCAUCCUCGCCCAACCUCCGCUCCUCCGCCAUGGCCGCGGCAGAUGGUGAGAGCGGCCGCUUAGGCCUCUUGUUCUUGAUGAAACACUCUCUCAACCUCUCCUCCACCUUGUCGAUUGCAGCAGGCAUGGAAUUGCCUUCCUCCUCCCCAACCUGCAUCGGCUCGCUCCCGUUGUCUUCACCAGCUCCCGUGGCGGAGGAGACGGAGUUCUCCUCCGCCUGCGGUGGCGACAGGGGCAGUCGGGAGUGGGAAAGGAGGAAGGAAGAGAGAUGGUGUUGGGCGAGGUGGAGGGCUGAGUAGAUAUGUUGUAGUUGACCUGGGUCGGACGUGGAAGGGAGCUGCUUUGCCAACAGCGUCGCUUGCUCUAAGGAUGUUACGAGGUUCGGCAACGGCGGCGCCGGCGGCGGUGGUGUUGCAUCUGCUGCCGUCAUCUCAUCCAUUCUCCUGCCUUAUGUUUAUGAGCACAAGGAAUGUGUGGAGGCGGACAGAGCGGCCUUCUCUUUUGCGUUCCGUGGCCCCCUUCGUACUUAACCGGCGACUGACUUCCUCUCGCGGCGGCCGGCGGAAGGUGAGGGCGUCUCUGGAAUAUUUGCGUGUUGUUUGUUUGGGAAUCUGUCUGCCUGUCGAGUGUCGACUCGAAACUUUCUGCCGCUGCCGCCGCUGUGGCGUUGGCGAAUGGCGUAUGAUUCAAUUGACUAUUU